GUUCGCACGCACGCGAUCGGGCAGCAGCAACUGAAAGCAAGAACAUCUCGAGCGUCGUCGUCGUAUCAAAACAGGUUCUUCCUCAUCUUCUUUCGGGAGAUCACGGCUUCUUAGAACAACGAGAACCACAGCGUCCCAUCCGAAUUAUGACAAUCUUCAGUGUUGUGAUUUGGUGCGGUUGAAUCGGAGGCUUAGAGUUCAGAUCCAUGAAGCCGGACUCAAAUCGAGUAUUCAAUGUGGAAGUUCAUUUCUCGACCUGCGUGGAAAUUCACUGCACUAAUCUGGAUCGUGGCCACGCUAAUUACGCCUUCGGUGCAGCAAACUAAUUCAUUAUUCCGAGACCGUCGAAAAGUGUGCAACUAUUACGAAUGGAAGUGUGACAGCGGUCAAUGCAUCGAGUCCCAUCAACUGUGUGACGGGGUGAUCGACUGUAAGGACAAGUCCGACGAAACCUCAAAAACGUGUGCCUUCAUCCGAUGUCCGAGCUAUGCCUUCCGUUGCCAGUACGGUGGCUGCGUCGAUGGCAACGCCAUGUGCAACGGGAUUAAGGAGUGUGCCGACAGCUCCGACGAACAUCUGCACUGUCCCGGAUACAGCGAGAUGUUGUUCGCUUCCGGUAAUUGUUCGAAUACCGAGUUCCAGUGUCAAUCCGGACAAUGCAUCCCAAGCGACGGGGUUUGUGAUGGUCUAUCGAACUGCAACGAUGAAUCGGACGAACAGCAGAAAAUUUGCAGUCUGAUCUUCUGUCCAUCGUUUUCGUUCCGCUGCAGCUACGGAGCCUGCAUCGGUGGUUACUCUAAGUGUGAUGGGAUCCUGGACUGCCGCGAUGGAUCGGAUGAGGAUGAACUGCUUUGUGGUAAACCGUUUCCGGCAACUACGCCCAGGAUUAUGAGUUCUACGACGACCACCACAACAUCGACAACUCCGCCACCGACGAUCAGUGGACCUCCAGGUUCCUGUGCAGUUCCUACGCAACCACUAAACGGUCAAAUUGUACUAGAUGAAUCAGCUCAGGAUAUUCCAAUCGGCAGUGGCGAGUUUAUCGAAAACUUCAAUUCUGUCUUCGUUGCGUGCAAUGAAAAGUAUACUAUUAAGGGAAUCGCAACCAUAACCUGUCUCGAUGGAGAAUGGUUGGAUCCAUUUCCGAUUUGUGAGCGCUACUGCUCGGAAAUUCCAAUCAACGGAAUAACCGUUCAACCAAUUUGUGAAUACCAACGGAAGCAAAUUACCUGCAAGCGACCGCUUCCUCCAACGGCCAGAGUGCGAAUUGAUUGCAAAAUUGGAUACCAAAAGCCAUUAGGACCGCUGAACGAAACGCUCACUUGCGAAAACGGUAACUGGGACACUUCGGUUUUUCGAUGCGAGCCCAUCUGUGGAACACCAACACCGGACGCCGAAGCCUACAUCAUUGGAGGCAGGAGCGCUCCCAUAACGGAUGUUCCAUGGCAUACCGGAAUCUACCGGAACUUGGAAAACGACACCUUUGAUAAUUUUAAAUCGGAAGAUUGGCACUACAUCUGUGGUGGCACGAUUCUAACGGAACGCUUGGUGGUUUCAGCGGCGCACUGUUUCUGGGACGUUACGUCGUUCUACGAUCUUCGUUCGUUUGCUGUGACGGCCGGGAAGUAUCGGCGAAUGUUGGAUGCGGUCGAGUCCCUCCCGUCACAAGUCUUGCGAAUUAGAGAGCUCAUCACUCAACCCCAGUAUCAAGAUUUUUCCGGAUAUUACAAUCUGGACAUCGCCAUAAUAGUGCUGAGCGAUUUCAUUGUGUUCAAAUCGUACGUUAAGCCAAUAUGCUUGGAGAGAAAUCUAAGAACUGAAAGUGAAAAGCGGAUCAAACCGAAUAGCGUAGGACGGGUGGCAGGUUGGGGAUUGACCCUUUCUGGAGGAGAGCUGAGUCCCAAUUUGAAAGUGGUGGACAUUCCUACUGUGGAUUACUACACGUGCCGGAAUUUUUCACCUGUUUCGUAUAGACCGUUCUUGACCGGGGACAAGUUCUGCGCGGGAGAACCCACGACCGGAACGAGCGUCUGCCAAGGGGACAGCGGUGGAGGCUUUGCACUUCCGAAGGAAAUUUCCGGUGAAACCGUCUACUUCCUGUACGGUAUCGUCAGCUCGGCACCUCGUUCGGCCAGUGGAAGCUGUGACAAUAGCAAAUACGUUGCAUUUACCGAGGUACAAAACUACAUUCCCAUGAUCCUGGACGCUGAAAGUCGGUUUCCGGUAAUAUAGAACAAACAGAUGGAUCAAUAAAUAUUCCCUACAUAGUAAU